CUUGGUGAGUGACGCGGUUGAGAAGCGUAACAGCAGCGGACAGGACAAGAAACAAUGGCGACAGCGGCAACUGCAGCGGGUGGAACGGGUUCAGGGGGACCAGCAGUCGGCCCUAUGGGCGUCGGUACUGCAGUGGGCCGUAAGAAAGAUGGAGGUCCUUCCUCGAAAUACUGGGAGAGCGCAGAAACGGUCUCUCAGAUCGAUUCGGUGCGCCAAUGGAUCGGGAAACAUUACAAGAAGUAUGUACAGGCAGACUCUCCCUCCAAUAAAUCCCUGGCAGGGCUGGUGGUGCAGCUGCUUCAGUUCCAGGAAGAUGCUUUCGGGCGGAGGGUCAACAACCCUGCCCUCACCAAGUUACCUACCAAGAGCUUCCUGGACUUCAAGGCAGGGGGUGCUCUGUGUCACAUCCUGGGCUCUACCUACAAGUUCAAGAGCGAGCAGGGCUGGCGUAGGUUUGACCUGCAGAACCCCUCCAGGAUGGACAGGAAUGUAGAGAUGUUCUUGAAUGUAGAGAAGACCCUUGUUCAGAAUAACUGCCUGACUCGACCAACCGUAUUCCUGGUGCCUGACAUGGAGCAGAAGCAGGCCAAUAAGCUGAAGGACAUCAUCAAGCGACACCAGGGCUCCAUCACUGAGGACAAGUCUAAGGCCACCCAUCAUAUCUACCCCUCUCCAACCCAGCAGGAGGAUGAGGAGUGGCUGCGUCCGGUCAUGCGUAAGGACAAGCAGGUGCUGGUGCACUGGGGCAUGUACCCAGACAGUUAUGACACCUGGGUGUCCACCAGCGACGUGGAAGGGGAUGUGGAGGACCCACCCAUCUCUGAGAAGCCCUGGAAGGUGCAUGCCAAGUGGGUCCUGGACACCGACGCCUUCAACGAGUGGAUGAAUGAGGAAGACUAUGAGGUGGACGAGAACAAGAAGACUGUGAGCUUCCGCCAGAGGAUCUUCCCGAAGGAGGAGGAGUCUUCCCGUACACCCGAUCGUAAGGAGCGCAAGGCCAACGCCGCCGGGAAGAAGAGGAGGCGCUCGCCAUCUCCCCCGACCACCCCAGCCGAGUCCCGCAAGAAAGGCGGCAAGAAGGGGAACCCUGGGUCUCACUGGAAGCGUCGUGGACACCGUGGCGAGGAGGAGGAGGAGGAAGAGGACCUGACCAAGGACAUGGAGGACCCCUCGCCUGUUCCCAGCAUGGAGGAGGUUACUUUGCCCAAGAACGUGAACCCUAAGAAAGAUAGCGAGAACACCCCAGUGAAGGGAGGGGCAGUGGCUGAUUUGGAUGAUCUGGAGGAUGACUCUGUGGUCUCCGGAGGCAAGGAGGAGGAGGAGCAGGGCAAGGCCGAGGUCAACCGCCUCAUCGACUCCAGCGAGGACAACGUGACCGAGCAGACCCACCACAUCAUCAUCCCCAGCUACGCCGCCUGGUUCGACUACAACUGUAUCCAUGAGAUUGAGAGGCGUGCACUGCCGGAGUUCUUCAACGGCAAGAACAAGUCCAAGUCCCCAGAAAUAUACCUGGCCUACCGUAACUUCAUGAUCGACACGUACCGGCUCAACCCCCAGGAGUACCUGACCUCCACCUCCUGCCGCAGGAACCUGACCGGAGACGUGUGUGCCGUCAUGAGGGUGCAUGCCUUCCUGGAGCAGUGGGGGCUGGUGAACUACCAGGUGGAUGCUGAGAGCCGGCCCCUCCCCAUGGGCCCCCCGCCCACCCCCCACUUCAACGUGCUGGCUGACACCCCCUCUGGCCUGACGCCGAUGCACCACCGGCCCCCACAGAUCCCCUCCGGCCAGCAGAUGCUCAACUUCCCAGAGAAGGGCAAAGACAAGCCCUCUGACAUGCAGAACUUUGGCCUGCGUAACGACCUCUACUCCAAGAAGAACCCCAAGAGCAAAGGAACCAGCGGCGGCCGGGAGUGGACCGAGCAGGAGACUCUGCUCCUAUUGGAGGCUCUGGAGAUGUACAAGGACGACUGGAACAAGGUGUCGGAGCAUGUGGGCUCGCGCACCCAGGACGAGUGUAUCCUGCACUUCCUGCGUCUGCCCAUCGAGGACCCCUACCUGGAGAACUCUGAGUCGUCCCUGGGCCCCCUGGCCUACCAGCCCGUACCCUUCAGCCAGUCAGGCAACCCCGUCAUGAGCACCGUGGCCUUCCUGGCCUCCGUGGUGGACCCCCGUGUGGCCUCCGCCGCCGCCAAGGCAGCCCUGGAGGAGUUUAGCCGUGUGCGUGAGGAGGUGCCAGCAGAGCUGGUGGAGGCUCAUGUGAAGAAGGUGCAGGAGGCGGCCCGCAGCACGGGCAAGGUAGACCCCGCCUAUGGCCUGGAGAGCAGCGGCAUCGCAGGAACCGCCCCCGAGGAGCCCGAGAAGACCGCCCCUCCCUCUCUCUCUGUCACUGUAGAGCCAGCAGAGACCGAGAAGAUGGACACAGACUCCGACUCCCAGCAGCCUGACAAGGCUGAGUCUAAGGACGAGGCGGAGAAGCCCAGUGAGUCUGCUGAGAAGCUGGCCGAGGGAGAGAAGGUGAAGAGCGAGGCGGCCGAACCGUCUGAACGGGAGGAGAGAGAGAGUGAGGGAGGAGAGGGCAAGGCUACAGCAGACAAAGACAAGGAGGUGGCCAUGGAGACCUCAGAGGAGGACAAAGCGAAGGAGGAGCAGGGAGCGAUGGAGGAAGAGGAGAGGAAGAAGCUAGAGCCGGACGGGGGGGAUGGGAACAUAGCCACUGCAGCCGCCGCUGCCCUCGCCUCAGCUGCCACCAAGGCCAAGCACCUGGCGGCGGUGGAGGAGAGGAAGAUCAAGUCUCUGGUGGCUCUGCUGGUGGAGACUCAGAUGAAGAAGCUGGAGAUCAAGCUCAGACACUUUGAGGAGCUGGAGACCAUCAUGGACCGAGAGAAAGAGGCUUUGGAGUUGCAGAGGCAGCAGCUGCUGACGGAGCGCCAGGCCUUCCACAUGGAGCAGCUGAAGUAUGCUGAGAUGAAGGCCCGCCAGCAGAUGGAGCAGCAGCAGGCCAACGCAGCGGCCCAGGGCCCCGCACCCCACCAUGGCCCCCCAGGGCCAGGCAUGCACCACGGACCCCCCCACCACGGACCCCCUCCCGGCAUGCACUCCGGACAUGGCCCCCCCGGCCCCGGGUUCCACCCCAUGGGUCCCCACCACCCGCAACAGACAGGACCAAUGGGAGGGCCCGGUCAACCCUUACCAGGUCGCAUGAUGCCUGGCGGCCCCCCCACUGGCAGCAUGCCUCCCAUGAUGGGUCCCCGCCACCCUGGAGCCCCCAACGGCAUGUACCCUGGCCCCUCGCCUGUACAGGCUGAUGGUAUGCCCCCAGCGUCUGUGGGACCUCAAGCGGCAGCCCCAGCACGAGUUGCUGACAGCUAAGAUCCCUGCCCCCAAGCAAACACACACCAACACACACUCACCUCUUAUAAAACCUCAGCUCAUUGAUGGCCUUGCUACUGGCUGGGUGUUCUCAACUCCAAAAACUCCUCCUGGCUUACACACACACACACACACACACACACACCUCCCUCUCUCAGGGCACAGCGUCAAGGGGGCUGUGGCUCUGACCCUCCUAGUAAGAACACUGUUUUCUCCUCAGUCUGCUGUGGGGCAGAUCAGAUGGGCUCCUCCCAGUCAUUUUUAAGAAUUUAUUGUGUGUGUGUUCUCUAUUUUAAAAGAAUAUGAAGCUGAUAUUCCUGGAGGAAAUCGGAAAACUCCCACUUUUCCCUCUCACCUUUUUAGAAUGACACAGUAGUCUCUUCCUCUCCUUCAGCGCAACGCCAACUCCCCCUCUCUUCCUCCCCCUCCCUCACGUCUUCCCCCAACACAACACCAGGGGGAGCUAGUUGGGUUUGAGGGCUAGUUGAUCGUUUAGGGACGUGUGUUGUGUACUGUAAUGAAUGGGAUCAUGAAGGUUCCUUCGACACACACAGAGGGGGCCAGUAACCCUCCCCUCACACACACACACACACACACACACUCUACUCACUGAGAAUCUACCUCUCCACUUUGCUCUUCUGAAGCUAAAACACUGUAGUCCAAAGUGUGUGUUCGUUGUUGGUGUGUCAGAAGAGCAGAAUGUGCGUACAGCAGAGACAGGUGUUUGACUGUCUGCUCGGCUGCUCUGCCCCCCCCUCCUAUCACAUGGGUCAAACCACCGAUCGAUGGGGGUGUCCAGAGGGCCCAUAACUUGUACCCAUAGCCCCCACCAGCCAGGCGUAGCACUGUACUACUCACACACUUAGCGGAACCCUGCUCUAGUACACUGGAGGCUGCUCACACACAGGCCUAAUAUCCCACUGACCUUCAGCCAUCCUUUUAGUGAGCUAGGUAUGGUGAUAUAGUUGUAGUUAAAACCAUGUGCUCUUCCUCUGUGGUGGAGUGGGCUUCUAGCUGUUCUGGUGCUGAUAAUGUAGCUGCUAGCGCUACCUAGCGCUACCUCUCUUCAUCCAUCUCCAUUCAUUUCAACAUCCCUCUCUGCUACCUCUGCCUCCUUUGUCUGUCUGCUACCUCUCUAGAACUGCUCUUGCUCUCUGCUAGCUACCUCUCAGCUCUGCACACCCCUCUAGUACCCCUUUCUCAUUCGCUGCCCACGUGACUGCUGCGUUACUGUUACCCCCCCAGGUAGAAGAUCACAUACACACACCGUCUCUCACGCUCUCACACACUUCCUCAUUCAAGGUCUUUUCAGUCUGUUAUAUCACAAAUGAUGAGAACCCCCUUACAUCGUAUAUCUUUUUUUGUUUUAUGGUCAUGUAUUUUUAAGAAUAAACUUUGUGUAGUUUUGAGUUAUCUUUGUUCUUGGAAGUUUGUAGCGUUGUUUUUAUUGUUUAUUCAGGUCUGUUGGUACUUGGACCUGGACAAUGUCUAAUAAAUUGUUUUUGUAUUAAGUGA